CCAGGGGAGGACCACCACGGCAGUUGCUGUUGUAAUAACGGAUACAGGUUAAUGGAUCUGCUGAUGUAGAAGGAGGAGAGAAUGCCAAUCCGCGCCCACUGCACAAUUUGUGCUGAUUACUUUGAUAAUUUCAGGGAUGUGGCAGCCAUCUAUUGUGGGCACACGUUUCACAAUGAGUGUCUCGCUCAGUGGUUUCACAGUGCUCCAUCUCGGACCUGUCCUCAGUGUAGAAUAAAGGUCAGUACAAAACACAUCAUCAACAAGCUGUUCUUCAACAUAGGUGAGAGCGAGCAGGUGUUAGAUGCCGAAACUCUCCAGAAUGAAUUGGACAGGAUCAAGUCUCAGCUGUUACAGAAAGAGAAAGAGAAGAUAGACCGGCAAUCAAUCAUUGAUAAACUGAGGGGCACACUGGAUGAGCGCAACGCAAGAGUGGAAUCUUUGAGCAAGGAACUGAAUGAAACAGAAAUGCUGUGCUCGACUCUCAAGAAGCAGGUGCGAUAUCUGGAACAGCAGCAAGAUGAUUCCAAAUCUUCAAAAGAGGAGGCACGCAGGCUGCGACAGAAAUUGCAAACAUUGGAAAAUAUUCAGGUGCUGCUUCAAAGCCAGAGGCCAGAAGUUGAGGAAAUGAUCCGGGAAAUAGGAAUAGGACAGUCCGCAGUGGAGCAGCUGUCCAUUUAUUGUGUAUCCUUAAAAAAGGAAUAUGAAAACCUGAAGGAGACAUUUAAAACUUCCGUUGAUGUGUCUGAGAAGCUGAAAAGAGAACAUUUUUUAACCACCUGUAAGUUGGAGAGAAAUGUGUCACAGUUGGAGAAAAUGAAAGAGGAGCUGCGUGCAUCAAAUGAGGAUCUGCGCAAUGCUGACAGAGAGAUCACGAACCUAAAGAAGAAGGUGGAGUUCCUCCAGAAGUCCCUCAGUACGCCAAAUCGCACCAACGAGGCAAUCAGCCGCUUAAUCUUCGAGAGCCCUGCUCCCGUGGAUUUACAAUACCCUAAACUGCACAAGCCAGCUGUUGGAGAGGAUAUUGAUUUGUCUCUGACAUAUGACUUUGAUACCCCUGAUCAUGUUCCUCCGAAACCCCUCAGUACUUCGUUGAAGAAAAUAAAACUAGAUACAGCUGGGUUACCAAGGUUAAAUCAGUCUACUAAAUCAGUGGACAAAUCAAAGAAAAUGAACAGUGAUGAGGAUGAUCAUAUUCUCCCAGCAUUCCUCAAAAACUCAAUGCUCUUCCAAAAAAAACCUUGUGGCAGCUUCAUGAAUCCACACGCAAACCAAGGAUCAGUGCGGACUGGCUUCGAUGGAAUGGGGGGAAGAACUAAGUUUAUCGAACCUACCAAAAUGACUGAAAUUCGACCACUGCCAUUAAAGGCAAAGAGGAAGAAGGUGUCUCGGACAGCUGUCAAGCCCUCUAUUUGCAAGCAGCACAAGUUGGAGGAUUUCCUGAUUUGAUUCGGGAACUUCAGGGAUGCAACUUGACCUUGAACUGAAUGCCAGGUCUGCAGUAGCAUGUUAAUGUUGACACCAGUGUCUGAAACCAUACUAGAAAAAUGCAGCUGGCCUGCACUAACUGACAGACAAGCUAAAUAUACUACAGGGUUGUUUAAGUCAAUAGUCCCAAGGUCAAAAAGCCCUGUUAUUCUUCACAAUGUUUGAACCAUUUCAGCUCCAGGCAGCCUACUGAUGUUACUCUAAUCCCUGAAAGCAUUAACUUAUUGGCAUUCCAAAAAGGAGAAAUCAUCAUGAUGUUAAAUAAAACUCCUACUCAACAAAAGGUGACACUGUAAACAGUGGAAGAACUUUGAUUGAAAUCAGAUCUCGUAUUAUGAAUAUUAACAGAUAUUGCUUUGGCUUUAUCUCAUGCUUGUGAGGUAUUUGUACUGGAGAAUACACCUUAUUUAUCCAGCAUCAAACACCCUAAGUCAAGUAUAGCAUGGGUUAGGUGAAGAGUAUAUCUCUGUGCUGUGUCAGGCAACCAUUAUUUAUUUGUACAAGUGUGACAUUUUCCUGUUUGCUUGAGUGGGCCCCUCCCUGAAUGACAGUGCCAAAUUGGAAUGGCUUUAAAGUAGGAAUUUAUGAGGUUGUAACUUUUGAAACUAUCCAAACUUAUAUUGAAGCAACUUAUUGCAAGAAAUAUUUCUGAGCCAGUCCCAGUCCAUUUCAUGUUGAAUUGACGUUGUUAGCAGUGACUGACAUUCCAAAAGUCUGGUUGGAUUUGAAGUUAAUCGAGUCCCAGGGUUUAGCUCAUGGUUACCUAGUGAAGGGCUUCCUAUGUUUCUGGAUCAUCUGAAUCCCUGGGCUGAGUUAACCUACCUAUUUGAGUCACAAAUGGAACAGCCUGUUGACAAUAAUAUGCCAGUGACUCCUCAAUACAAAUGUCUGUUCAACACUGGGUGCAGUAGUGUCUGGACUCUUCAGAUUCCUGUCACUGGCUAUUAGGUUUCAGUAUCAUUUUGAACAAAUUUUUUUUUAUAUUUGCGACGUUUUCACCGUUUUGAAAUAGUAGGCUAACUUUGUACACAUCAGUGUACAAUUUGGUGGCGCAUGUCACAUCAAUCACCAUAAGACUCCUGGCUAGUGGAAGAGCUUGAAUGGUUUGUCAUGUUAAUGUUACAAACACACAGCAAAAGUAGUCAGUUCAUGUAACUUACUGUGGUAUCAAACAUCUCCACCUGUCUAUGGGUCAUUGCCAUUUAUCUGUAAGCUCUCAAUUCUCUGUACUGUAGUAUACACUUAAUGUACGUACUGAUUUAGCUGUUGUUUCUCAAGUCCUAUAGUAAUGUGAAAUGACUUUUGUAGAGGCUACUUGUUAGACUGUAGUAAUGAUCCAUUUUUGUUUCUAUUUUCUUUCAAUAUGACAACCGAUGGCAUUGAGGAAACUGGCUGGGGCAGGUUCCUAAGCAUGACCUGAUGGUGCACACAGAUACUGAACAAACAUUUCUAGAGAAAGCCAACAGCACAAAGGCAGGCUCAACACUUCUUGGAGCUUGUAUGUCAUUCAUCCCUUUGCAGUGUCAGGCUCAGUCAUUUGUUUUUCAGUCAAUCUUUGCUUAUGCAAGUGCUGAACUUUCGCUGUAACAUGUAACCAUAAUUCUUACGGUGAUAAUUCAGGAUGUCUGCUUCUUCACUGUGCCAAAAAAGCAGUGUCCAUCAAACUAUAUACAAACAAUUGUCUCAAAUGGAGAGAAAAUGCCUUUCGUCCUUUGCGGACUGUGGCUAAUUCCUUACCAUUUUUAACUUUUGAUUGAGGAUGCCUUUGAUGAUUUCAAAAGAAUGGUCCUUGUUGAUGAGACUACCUCUUUAAAAAUCGUAGGCAGCAAGUGCAUCUAAUAAGGUUAAAAUCUUCCAGUUGUUGUAAUCUUAGGAUAAUAUUAAAUAUUUUUAAAGCCCUU